AUGACUCUUGAUUACCACAACCUGACAGCAUAUGACGGUGCAUGGAAGGUCCUCGCCAUUGACUCGCUGAUUGCGUCAAAUACCCAUCUUAGCGACGUGGACAAAUUUUCUUACCUUCUUUCGUCCCUCUCGAAGGAGGCGAAGCGCGUAGUUGAGGUGAUAGAAGUGACCUCCGAUAAUUAUGCUGUGGCGUGGGAACUUCUUGAGAAGCGCUUUGAAAAUAAAUACCUGAUCGUAAAGUCAUACGUUGAAGCGCUUUUCACGGCCGAUCCUGUCAAAAAAGAGUGUCACGAGUCUUUGAAUCGCUUGAUCGAUACGUUCGAGCGCAAUUUGAAAAAGCUGGAGAAGACGGGAGAACGAACAGCCAACUGGAGUACAUUGUUGGUGUUUAUGCUGAGUUCUCGUUUGGAUCCUGCAACUCUCCGCCAUUGGGAAACCCACCGGAAAUCUACACUGGUUCCUAGUUACACCGAUCUCGUGAAUUUUCUGCGCAAUCAUAGUCUGGUACUGCAAUCCCUUGACGCGUCCAAAGGUCGACCGACCGAUUCUUCUCGCUCAUCCACACACCGCUACCCCUCACAUCCCACUAAGCUGAACAUCGCUCACGCAACCGUGACCCCUCAGAAAUCAUGCCCCUUCUGUAACCAGUUGGCCCACUCACCCUAUCAAUGCGAAGUGUUUCGAAAAAUGACUCCUGUUCAACGCAAAGGCACCACACAAUGCUGCAUCAAAGACCCAUCGUCCCAAAUAACCAUUCGAUUCCACCCACCAAAAUUAACAGAUCCACAGACUUCGUUCUCGUACACUCAUACCAAUCGUCAGCAGUCUGCUUCAUUGCAACCCGAAAGCCAACCCCCAGCCUUCGCGGUUCCUGCCCCACAAACCAGCCACUUUUCGAUACCUGUCAGCGAAGCCGAGCAUAUCGUUCCUGCAACCGUUCUUUUGUCGACGGCUCUGGUGAAAGUAUUCUCUUCAUCUGGCUUCUCAUUGUGGGCCCGCGCAUUGUUGGAUUCCGGAUCGCAGCUCAAUUUCGUUUCGGAGAAUAUUGUACAAAAACUGAAGCUUCGUCGCAUAAAGGAGUUCGUCCCAAUCAGCGGUGUAGGCCUUUCGUCUACUUCUUCCAAACACACAACCAUCAUUCGCAUUCAGUCUCACUGUGCUGAUUUCGAGGAUAAUUGGAAGUUCCAUGUACUUCCAAAGUUGACAUUAGAACUGCCAAAUCAAGCUGUUGAUAUUUGCCGAUCGAGAUGGCCGUCAGACGUCGUAUUAGCAGAUCCCACAUUCGAUCAACCUGGCACAAUCGAUCUGAUUCUCGGCGUUGACAUUUUCUACGACCUUCUACGAGAUGGUCAAAUUAAGCAUGGAGGCGGAGAUCCUGUGUUGCAGAAUACUGCCUUAGGAUGGGUAGUAUCCGGGAAGGUUCAAGCAAAGAUACCUUCUGCCUCGGUAUCGAAUUUUGCACACGUGGCACCUAGCCCAACGAUUGAAGAUCAACUAUCAUGGUUCUGGGAAAUUGAAUCGUGUCGCACGUUUGGGAGUUCUAAAGAUAUUGCAGAUCGUCGUUUCUACUCGCUUGAGCGUCGGUUGAACGCUACUCCAGCGCUAAAGGAAGCAUACACUGCUUUCAUACACGAGUACGAGCAGCUCGGACAUAUGCAGCCUAUAUCGGAUGCGGAAACCCAUACACUUCCAUCGUACUAUCUGCCUCACCACUGCAUCGUCAGACCUGACAGUAUCACCACGAAAUUACGUGUGGUUUUCGAUGCGUCAUGCUCAAGCGACAGCGGUGUCUCACUCAACGACGCGCUUCUGGUUGGUCCUGUCAUCCAAGAUGAUUUGUUGUCUAUCGUUAUGAGAUUCCGGAUGCCGCAGUUUGCAAUCAUCGCCGACAUUGAAAAAAUGUAUCGGCAAAUCAGGGUGAGGAAGUGUGAUCAUCCAUUACAACGGAUUCGAUGGAGAGAUUCCGCAACCCAACCGCUGCAGACGUUUCAACUUACAACGGUUACGUACGGAACAUCUUCGGCUCCGUACCUCGCGACUAAAUGUCUUCAGAAAUUAGCUGAAGAUGGGCCCGAUAAUCAUCCAGAGACAGCAAUGGUUCUUGGGCGUGACUUUUAUAUGGAUGACAUGCUUACUGGAACAGAUAGCAUCGAAGAAGUGACCAAGCAGAUAGUACUUUCGGAUAUCGCCCACCUGUUUGAUCCAUUGGGUCUAGCUGGGCCAGUGCUGGUACAAGCAAAGUUGUUUCUCCAAGAUCUAUGGCGAGAUGGCUGUGAUUGGAAGGAACCGCUAAACGAAAAUCGUCAACAUCAGUGGCUGGAACUUCGGGAUAGCUUUCAGCACUUGACGGCCAACAGAAUCCCUCGAUGGGUCGUUGCAACUACCGGAGUUGUGAGUUUAGAAGUCCAUGGAUUCUCCGAUGCAUCGGAGAGAGCGUACGGGGCCUGCAUAUAUCUCCGUGCUGUGUCGUCGACAGGCAGCAUCCAUGUCAACCUGCUUACCGCUAAAUCAAAAAUAGCACCAAAUGGCAAAAGCAAAAGAGCAGGAAUCGUCAGUCUUCCACGUUUGAAACUGUGUGGAGCCCUGCUAUUAAGCCACUUAUUCGAGAAGGUCGAGUUCAGUCUGAAACUUAAGGCCCAGAACUUCUUCUGGACGGAUUCGGAAAUCACGCUUUACCAUUUGGUAAAGCGUGAUUUCCGAAUCCGAAUCCUUCUUCGAUGCUAUCUGUACAGCCAGUCCCUCACGUUGGAAAACGUUUGUCGCAAACAGGUGUUCCGAAAUCCAGCGUAUCACGGCGGAUGGCAUGUGGUCGCAUGUUCCUGGCUCGGAAAACCCGGCAGACAUAAUCUCCCGAGGAAUGUGUCCAGAACAGCUGCAAAACUGCACAGGCUGGUGGCAUGGACCAGAUUGGUUAUCGCAACCAUCACGCUUUUGGCCGCCACUGGGGCGGCCGACAAACCGAAACUUCAGUCCCGAAGAGCUUGA